GGCCAUCGCAAUAACGCCCAGCAGGGGCUGCCCUGGACCCCCAAAACAAAGCCGCAACCACCGCACCGCUUGCGCGCCGCGUGCGCUCGCGCGCGGACGCCGGCGCGGGGCCGCACUCCUCCCAAGGGCAGCAGCAUCGGCGCCAUGGGUUUUGGUGAUGGCUUAGGCCGCGAUGCGGAGCUCCAGGCCGCCUAUGCGGAUAGAGCGACGGUGAAGGCGCGGCGCAUGGCCUCCAUUUACAGGACAAGGCGGCCCGGCUACGAGGACACGCGCAAGUGGCGCUCGACAAAACUACCAGAUGCGGUCCUCGCCGUCGGCGCGCGCAUGGCCGCGUCGCGCUACGCGUCGCCGACACCAUUAACGGUCAUCAAGCCCGACGUCCCGCCGACGAUGCGCCGGUCGAUCGUGCCGCGGCGGACGUCCAUCCAACCGCCGUUGCAGCAGAAGAAGGUGCGCUUCGCCGCGCCGUCUCCCCUAGAAAUGUUUCCUGUCACGCGCGACACGACGAUCACGGACGUCUGGGCGCCGCGCGCCGUCGAGAAGAAGGCGGCCUGGCUGUUUGGUGAUUCUGAUGACGACUUUGGGUUAGCGCGCGAAGAUAGUCUGGGGAGGGACUUCCGGCGCUUCGAGGGCGGCGGGCUCUUUAAUACAUUAGGCCAGGAAAAAGAAACGGCCCAAAAGGCGUCGCGGGCCUUCCUCAUGACGCCCGUGUCAGGAAUGAGAGAUGAGGGCUACGCCAUCGUGCCCCGGUCGGAACUGCGGGAGCUCGCCUCGCUCGAAGGCAACCUGCGGAGGGAGCGGCGGUCCUUCGUCCAGGACUGCGAGCACCUCGUCGCGAAGAAGGCCAUGCUGCCCUCGCAAAAGUACUCGCUGAGCGAACCGUCGCCCGUGGCGACGUAUGUGCUCGUGGCGACGUGCGAUCGAGAAAUCAGACGGUGCGAGGCCACGGUCAGGGCCAUGUACGACGCGCGGCGGAAGGAGGCCGCCAGAGAAAGAGCGGCUAGACCCUGGCGUAAAACGGUGGAUGCGAAGGAGCUGCCGCCGUUGGGCGGUGGGCUGUCGGGCAAAUUACGGCCGGAGACCGACCUAGUGAUGGCGAAACUCGCCCUCAAGACGGGGAGCUGGGAUGCUUACUUAAAAAGAAGACUGUGGCACAGAAGGAUGGCCGAGACCGAGGCCAUGGCCUUUGAAGAUGGUUAUAGUAGGUGCGCGUUCCGGGCUCAUGACGCGCGUGUGCAGCGGGCGGACUACCAGGUCUAUGUGGAGCUGGUGGCGAGGUACGGCGUGCCCUUUUCAGAAGAUGAAUUUAAUGCCCUGGGCCCAAAGGCGGGCAGCACGUUCCGGGACCUUUGUAACGAUGCUGCGAUAAAAUGGCAGCGCAUGUGGUGGUUCUACGCGCCCGUUUAUAGACUACGACGCGACCGCGCUUCUACGAUAAUACAAAAACAUAUGAGGGGCGUCAAUACCAGGAGGAGAUGGGCGCCCAUCGUCCAGCUCCGGCUCGAGUCGGGAAGGCAACGGCCUCUACGCAUGGCCCUGGGCCACUGGCACCGGUGCAUCUUGAGAACUAUAAGAGCUCGCCAUUUGGUGUUUCGCAUCAAGCACCACAAAUCGAAACGCAUGUUGAAGGCCUGGCGUUCCUUGGUUGGAGACGAGCUCGCGUCGAUCGUCGUGGAUCAAGUCCUGGACGAAUUUGCGGAUGAAAAGAUGCAGCAGCACGUCAACCGCUACUUCGGCGACUACGUGAAGUCGACGGGUCUGCGCUUCGAAAUGCUCGCGAACGACGGCGUCGAGAAGUGCGUCGAGCCCAUCGUCGAGCUCACGGUCGAAGGCAUCAUCGACGAGUUUUGUGAAUACGACACCUUACCGGCCUGGAUGGACCAGAACUGGUUCCUCCAGAAGUGCUCCUACGAGAACCAUGUGUCGCUGGUGCGGGCGGGCGUCUUACCUUCCGACUUGUUCGCGGAAUCCAAAAGGGACUACAUCUGGGCGCAGAACGCAACCAUCAUCCAAAGAGCGUGUCGAGGAAGGAUGGGCCGCGACCGCGUGCGCCAGAAGCUGGCGCGGACUUAUAGAAAACGCUGGGACGGCCGGCGCUUCUACUACGUCAAUUUGAAGACUGACGAGCGGCUGGACCGGCGCCCGCGGCUCAUCGGGAUGCUGUUCCCGCGGAGCGUGUUUUAAGGAGAA